UAUAUAAAUCUAGCCAGUUUUUCAAAAGAACUAUUUCUUUUGGAAAAAGUGUAACUGCCAUGGGCAAGUGUUUUCUAAUUGUAUUGUUAUCGGUCUUGCUCCUCGGCAUUGUUAAUGCCAAGGAAAUAUUCGAUUUUAAAUCUGACUUUGACUUCGGGGUGCAAAAUAUAUCUUCUCUCCGUGAGCAUAUGCGGUUUCGUAGGUACAAGGGAGAAGACGUCGACUGUCCGAAUAGCAGUAUUAUGACCUUUCUAGCGAAAAUUCUGCAGGAACCCAUAGAUGUUUGGCGGUCAUUCACACUGGGAGGGCUCCUAUACGAUUAUUAUCUCGCAAGCGAUCGGGGUGCCAUAAGUUUGACUUUACUCGUACGCUCUAGAGGAACGAUAACGAAGGCCCUAAUUGCGGAAGAUGAAAAACUUGACACUCAGUUAAUGAAAACGUCAGGCUUCAGUCCGGAGAAGAAAACGGUCUUUAUCACACAUGGAUACCUUGGGACUGGCGACACUGAUUGGUUGCAACGUAUGGCGAAUGCCUAUUUGAAAUAUGAGGAUGUUAACGUCAUUGUUGUGUCUUGGGGUAUACUUGCAUUUGGUCCCGGUUAUGUACAAGCUGCUAAGAAUACUCUAAUAGUAGCGAAUCAAACUGCCGAGUUUGCAAAGGAAAUCGUUAAAACUUUUCCGGACAAUAUCAAAUGGGGAAGUGUUCACCUGAUUGGGUUUAGCUUGGGUGCUCACGUUGUUGGAAUGAUAGGAGAUCACUUUAAGAAUAACACCAAUGAUCCGUUAACCCGAUGGCAUGUUGAGAGAAUCACAGGACUAGAUCCGGCCCAUCCUUGCUUCACUGAUACCAAGUAUACAUUGGAUAAAAAUGACGCACCAUUUGUUGAUAUUAUUCAUACAAAUGGAAAUCGAGAAUUCGGAGCGACUUUUGGCAUGUUAAAGGCCGUUGGUCACGUUGAUUUCUAUCUCAAUGGAGGAGAAAUUCAGCCUGGUUGCGCCUCGUACCAAAUAGUGGAAUUUUUUCUGGAGGUCACAACUACAUUCACGAUGAGCCAAAUUCAACACGCCCGAGUAGCUAUGUGCAGCCACUCAAACGCUCCCGAGUACUUCAUCGAGUCCCUGGAAGUCGCCGCUAGCCGCCAAGGGUCAUUCUUAACUGGAAUAAAAUGGGAUUACGAUCUGUGCCAAGCAAUGUAUUAUACUUACACCAGAAAGUGUGACGGUAUUUGCCAGCAACUGGGCAUCAAUGCCAAAAUUGAACCCCAAGGAAAAUAUUUUGUUCCUACAGCAAGAUAUGCACCUUAUUACGAGAUUCAAGACGAUGAUCUUGAAGAAAUCUCCAGAGAACUCGAGCGCCUUGAUGAAGAGGGAAAACCUAACAAUAUAUGAGCGCAACAUUGAUAUCGAAAUAGAAACAUCGGCGCAUGUGGGAAAAAAUGCAAUGCAAUAUUGCAGUCAUUUGCAUGCGAAAGGAUGUACCCCAAAAAAUCCCCGAAUUUUCUAGACAUUUCCACGAUUUUUUCGAGAAGGAUAAAAUGUUGGGAACAAAAAUCUGCACUAUCGCGAGGAAAUAAAAAUAACGGGAUGUCAUAGCCUUGAAAAUUUCAAUAAAGAAUAUCUGAUGCGAACGUUUUUUUUUAUUUUUUCCUUUUAGAAUUUCAAACGACUUCGCAGGCAGGAAUCGUCGAGCAACCGUUUCAGAAUCGGAAUCAGCCAAAAACUAAUAGAAAAUUUAAUAGAAAUCCAAUAGAAUUUUCUAGCGAAUUCGCUGGUCUUUCUAUUAAAUUUUUUUCUACGGUCCAUUAUUUUCAACAUUUUAUUCUGCCAUGUAUCCUAUCUUAUUUAGAUUCCAACGUUUUUCAAGAAAGUCACCUUGAAGGGGACGCAUUUGUUUUAUCACUUCGCUAUUGAAUUUCCGCGUGUAAUAUCAGUACAAAAUGAAAAUCUUUUUAUGUAGAAUGUAAAAAUCACAUUAUUCCUCCGAAAUUCAGAUAAAUAAUAUCUGAUGCAAAGUGCUUGUUGUUUAUUUUUCGAAAUUGAGCCACGUUGUCGCCGAUUUAUUAUCCCCCGUGCAUAAGUCGUACAAAAGUUGGACGACGUGGCACACUGAGAUAGGAUUCUGAACAGAAUUAAAGAAAAAUAAAAAUCGACAUGAGUUUCAAGGAGUUCUUCCAGAGGAAGGAGUUGAGUCAUCGACUAAACAUUCUGGAUCAAUUGAGCAUCGAUGGGAAAAAAACACUCGAAACAUCGU